GUCUUACAGGUCCCAAGAGCAUGUAUAAGUGCCGUGUCUCUUCUCUGGUGCUCAGUUACGUGCUGAACGACUGGUGAACUCGGAACCGGAAAGCGACAACGACGUUGGAAGACAAAUAAUCGGACACCGCAGAAGAAUGGACCCGUCGGGAUUCAGCUGGAGAGGUGUGAUACCAGAUAGAGAGCUGAUGCUUCUCCAACUGAUUCUCCCACAUCAGACAAAGCUAACCAGUGUGACACUGUGUAUUAUGCAAUCUGAAGAUGUCAAGACAGCAGUCCUGCAGUUGUCAGAGCAACAUCGCCAGAGGUUUCGCUCCUUGAGCCUCAGUGAGGUCGGCGACCUAUUUGCAUUUGCACAACAGCUCCAAGACCACUGUCAGAAGUGGUUGCUGGCUGAAGAUUGUGAUCCCAGAAGGAUUGUGGAGCUUUUGGUAAAGGAGCAGUUUAUCAACCAGCUUCCAGAACAGACCGCCCACUGGGUUCAGCAUCACCAACCAGCAACACCAAACGAGGCCAUCCAAAUGGCAGAGAACCACCUGAUGUCUCUUGUUGUCUCUCCCCUUAACAUCUCCCCAAGCUGGGUACAUUCGGUCAAGAGUGCUGAACAAUACACAAUAGAUCCCUCACACCACACUGAGAUUAUGCAGCUAGAGGAAUCUGAAGAUGUCAAGAGAGCCAUCUCGCAGUUGUCAGAGCAACAUCGCCAGGGGUUUCGCUCCUUGACCCUCAGUGAGGUCGGCGACCCGUUUACAUUUGUACAACAGCUCCAAUUCCACUGUCAGAAGUGGUUGCUGGCCGAGGAUUGGGACCAUAGAAGGAUUGUGGAGCAGUUGGUAAUAGAGCAGUUUAUCAGCAAGCUUCCAGAAGAGACUGCCCACUGGGUUCGUCAUCACCAACCAGAAACACCAAACGAGGCCAUUCAGUUGGCAAAGAACCACCUGGAGUCUCUCGCUGUCUCUCCAACAGUGGCUGAAGGCGAGGUGUGUGCAUGGGGAUUCUCACAAAUAUCCACUGUGCCAGUCAUGAUCAGUUUCUGGGGACAAAACCAUGUCCAGGCAGUGGUUAGUCCUGCCACAAACCAUCUGCUGAUUUUGGAUACAAAAUUGGCCUGAUUUCCAAGAACUUUUUGUAGAGUUUUUGUAGUGGAUGGAUUACUCAAUUUACAGUUCAUGUCUUUGGACUACUGUGAUUCG